AUGCAAGGUAAGCUAGGUGGCGCACAGCCUGCCAUCAAUAAAAUCGCAAGCGGGAUAAUAAGUGCGGGACGGGCAAAGAGAUCUAUUGCUCAGCUUAAUGAUGUUAGAGAAAGAUUUAGACAAUUAAAAGAGAAAGAGAAGCGUAGCAAGAAGAAUAAGGCGGUUGCGAAAGAUACACUUGAACCGCUAGAAUCUCAUGUCUUGAAUGAGAAAAAGGGGAAGAUGAUGAUGAGGUAA